GGUGGCCGCCACCUGAUGUAACAGUGCUUGGACUCUCAACGGUAAAGCGGUAGAAGUCCAUUGGGGCCGGAAGCCCCUCACUAAAGUCACAAAACGGCGGUCUCUCCGGGGUGUCCCCCGGAGAGCCGGUCCGAAAGGGCUGGUCUGGGGGCUCGCCGUGGGAGCACCAGGUGCGAGGGUCCAGCUGCCCGUUGAGCUGGUCGAUGACUUUACUCAGGGGCUGCCCCACACGCUCCAUAGAGGUGUCCUUCAUUUCAGGGAUGAGCAGGCCCAUCUGGCUGGGCUCUGAGCGCUCGCUGCUCUCAGCGGCGCUGCUGGGCCCCUCUCCCUUCUCCUGGGGGGAAGCCAAGGUGGUGUCUGGUGAGCCCCGCCCAAGGCCUGGGCUGCUGACCUCGCCGCCCUCUGUGCGGGGUCUCCCCGUGUCUGUCCUUCCCUCCUUCACCCCCUCCGGCCCCAGCGACCACCCUCCGCUGCCUCCUCAGGACAUAAGCCUGGAAGAAUUUGACGAUGAAGACCUGUCUGAGAUCACCGAUGACUGUGGCCUGGGCCUCAGCUAUGACUCGGACCACUGCGAGAAGGACAGCCUGUCUCUGGGGCGCUCGGAGCAGCCGCACCCCAUCUGCUCCUUCCAGGAUGACUUCCAGGAGUUUGAGAUGAUCGAUGACAAUGAAGAGGAGGAGGAGGAGGAGGAGGAAGAGGAUGAGGAAGAAGAGGAGAAAGAAGGAGAGGACAAGGAGGGGGGAAGACCUGGCUCAGAAGCCGGAACUCUGGAGCUGCUGAUCCCCUCCCCAUCCCGGGAGGAGCCUCACAAGCACAGGCCCACCACACUCCACCUGACUCCCCUGGGAGCCCAGGACUCCCUGAACAACAAUGGGGGCUUCGUCCCAGUGCCCCCCGCCUCCUGGCAGGAGACAGUGCUGUGCUCACCCCCGCAGGAGCCACUUCAAGAGCCGCCUGCCCCGCACCCGGCCACCGCCGCCCGUCCCCACGGGGCGCAGUCACCUGUGGGCCCAGGUUGUGACUGUGAAGGGAACCGGCCCCCGGGCCCCGCAGCGCCCAAUGAGGCCUCGCCCUCCUCGGACCCGGGCAUUGAGGUUGACCUGGGCAGCGGCACCAGCGGGGAGCGCGGCCGGCGAAGCAGCCAGGAGCUGUCCUCGCCGGGCUCCGACUCGGAGGCGGGCGCCGCGCACUUGGGGCGCAUGAUCUCGUCCAUCUCGGAGACCGAGCUGGAGCUGAGCAGCAGCAGCGGCCGCUCCUCGCACCUCACCAACUCCAUCGAGGAGGCGUCCUCGCCUGCCUCGGAGCCCGAGCCCGAGCCCGAGGCCGAGCCCUUGCCCCCGCGCCGCCCCGCCUUCCUGCCCGUGGGCCCCGAGGACACCAACAGCGAGUACGAGUCCGGCUCCGAGUCCGAGCCGGACCUCAGCGAGGACGCCGACUCGCCCUGGCUGCUCAGCAACCUCGUGAGUCGCAUGAUCUCCGAGGGCUCCUCACCCAUCCUCUGCCCCGGCCAGGACGAGGGGCAGGGCCCCGAGGGUGCCUCCCCGGACAGCCCGGACCUCACCUUCUCCAAAAAAUUCCUCAACGUCUUUGUCAACAGCACCUCGCGGUCCUCCAGCACCGAGUCCUUUGGCCUCUUUUCCUGUUUGGUGAACGGGGAGGAGAGAGAGCAAACCCAUCGGGCUGUCUUCAGGUUCAUCCCUCGCCACCCUGAUGAGCUGGAGCUGGACGUGGAUGACCCGGUGCUGGUGGAGGCUGAGGAGGACGACUUCUGGUUCCGCGGCUUCAACAUGCGCACAGGGGAGCGCGGGGUCUUCCCUGCCUUCUAUGCCCACGCGGUGCCCGGCCCUGCCAAGGACUUGCUGGGGAGCAAGCGGAGCCCCUGCUGGGUGGAACGCUUCGAUGUGCAGUUCCUGGGCUCCGUGGAGGUGCCCUGUCACCAGGGCAACGGCAUCCUAUGUGCAGCCAUGCAGAAGAUCGCCACUGCCCGGAAACUGACUGUCCACCUGCGUCCCCCUGCCUCCUGUGACCUCGAGAUUUCUCUUCGGGGGGUCAAGCUGAGUCUGAGCGGUGGACCUGAGUUCCAGCACUGCAGCCACUUCUUCCAGAUGAAGAACAUCUCCUUCUGCGGCUGCCACCCUCGAAACAGCUGCUACUUCGGCUUCAUCACGAAACACCCUCUGCUCAGCCGCUUUGCCUGCCACGUCUUUGUCUCCCAGGAGUCGAUGCGGCCUGUGGCCCAGAGUGUGGGCCGCGCCUUCCUGGAGUACUACCAGGAGCACCUGGAGUACGCCUGCCCCACAGAGGACAUCUACCUGGAGUAGCCGCCCACACUCUGCGCAGGUGCCGCGAGGCGGGUACCUCAGAGGCCGCCGGCUUUGGCAAGGACUGGAUUGGGGUCUCGGGGGCUCUCCUUGCUCACUCCACAGGGGCUGUCCCCCGCUUUCCCUCUGAUCUUCUUUCUCUCUGUCUGUCUCUGCCCCCCGUGCCUGCAAACUCGGCCCUCUGCUCUUUACUCUGGGGUCAGAGCUGGGAGGGGUGUGGAGGAAGGCGAGGCGCUAGGUGACCGUGGCAUCAGGCUCCCAGGUAGUCCCUCCUGCCCCUCCCCAGUAAUUUAAAAGGAAUUUUAAUUUUUAUAGUGAAUCUCCAGGGGUCACCCCUUCCCUGACUACAGGGACAAAGAGAGGGACCCCCACACUGCCCCAUGCGGAGCUCAGGGGGAAGCAGGGAGGGGGUCCCCAGAAGGGCCUUGGGGUUGCUAGUAGUUCUUGAGGCUCAUCCCAAGCCCCAGACUUUGCUCAGAGAAGGGUGCCCUGCCCCGUGCCCCGCCACACCAGCGUCUGCUUUGCCGCUGCAAACUCCCCGCAGUCCAGCACCUCAAUAAACUCUCUGCUUGGUGUGA